UGGUCGGCGCCAUUUGUCUCAGCCGACCAAUAAUCACGUCCCCCUUUUCCUUUUUAACUUCCCACACUGACCUCUUACCCUAUCAUCUCUUUCCCCUUUCUUUCUUUCUUUAUUUUCUUUUUAAUUUUAUGUCUCAUUAUCAUCGGUUCUUCCGUGAUAUUUUUUAACAAUUGGAAGGUGCCUUGGUUUCAGGGUUUUCCUUAUCUGUCACCUCAUUGUUUUUUGAUUAAUUGUUUAGUCUUUUAAUUAUAAAGUGAGGAAUUGUGAGAAGUUUGAGUGAGUAUUCGGCAAUGAUGGUGGUUGAGGGGGGUGAGGAUAGUGUUGAUAAGGAAAAGAAGAAGAAUAGGCGCCGAUCUAAUCGCCGAUCCAAACGAAACCCUCCCAAUCCAGCUUUUAGUCAACCAAAUGAACCACGUGGGGAAUCAUCACUGUCUGUUGGAAAUGGUGGCAAAACAAAAUGUUCGAGGCAGCUGGAAUUAGAUGCAAAUCCCAUCAGGGAGCAUGGACCAACCACAGCAUCGGGUAUUGUAUAUAGUUCUAUGCCAACUAUGCAUGCAAACGAACAACUAGAAGACCUGGUGCCAUCUGAUCGUGGUGGAUCAAUGCUGGCUAAGCCAUGUCCAGAAUCAAUUGUUGGUGGAGGUCUCAAUGGAAAAUCGCUUCCUUUUCACCAGUUUGAGGGUCAAGCUCAGAGUAAAAUUUUUGCUCCAUACUGGUCCAUGGAGACUGUUAAUGAGGCGUUGGAGAAAGGUGAUGUAUUUAAAGUGUUAUUUCGUGUAAAUGCUCACAAUCGACUUGAGGCAUACUGCAAAAUUGAGGGAGUUCCUACAGAUCUUCUUAUCAGUGGAAUUGCUGUACAGAACAGGGCUGUGGAAGGUGAUGUUGUGGUCAUCGAGGUUGAUCCUUUGUCAUUCUGGACCAAGAUGAAAGGGUCAAAUGAGCCAUCAAACAAUCUUUCCACAGCAGAGGAUAGCAAUUUACAUCUCGAAGCCAAUGGAAAAGCUGGUGGUAGUCGCCAAGGUAAAAUUAAACUGAACAUGGAUUGUAAGUAUGCUGAUUUUGGAAAUUCCUUGGUUCCUCAUAAGGGGUUUUAUUAUGGGUAUAGUUCAUGUGCUGGUGAAGAUGUUCAUGAUGAACUGAAUGGGCCAGUGGGUUAUAAUUAUGCUAAUGGUUAUCACCAGUCUCCUUCAGAUUCUUCACAUGUUGCUCAUUCUAUGGGGCAGAGUGAAGUUUUGAAUGGUGUGGGGAGGAUGUGUUCUAUGAUUAGUUCAUACCCGUCGAAACGACCAACAUGUAGAGUUGUUGCUAUAAUUGAAAAAUCUCCUCGUCGAGAUGCUAUUAUUGGCUUUCUCAAUGUUAAGCAGUGGUUUUACUACAAGGAAGGUUGUAAAAAAGAUGCAAAAAAGAACAAGAGCUUGCUAUCAAUUUCAAACUGCGAAUACAUUGAGAUUAUGCCUGCUGACCCAAGAUUCCCAAAACUGAUGGUCCUUGUGAGCAGUUUACCUAACUGCAUCAAGAAAAGAUUGGAGGAUGAAGAUGAAACAGUUGAAAUGGAAUUGGUAGCUGCACAGAUUGAUAAAUGGAGUGAUGAAAGUCCCUUUCCAGAAGCCCAUGUCUCAUAUAUUUUUGGACGGGGUAGUGAAAUGGAGUCGCAAAUCAAUGCUAUUUUACAUGAAAAUGCAGUUUGUUGUUCUGAAUUUUCUCCUGAAUCACUUUCCUGUCUUCCAAGCAAUACAUGGGAGGUGCCAGAAGAAGAAUUCCAAAACAGAAGAGAUCUUAGGAAUUUGUGCAUAUUUACCAUCGACCCUUCUAUUGCUACUGAUUUAGAUGAUGCUCUCUCAGUUCAAAGGUUACCCAAUGGCCUUGUCAGAGUGGGUGUCCACAUUACUGAUGUGUCAUAUUUUGUUUUACCUGACACAGCCUUAGACAAAGAAGCUCAGAUUCGAUCAACCAGUGUUUAUAUGUCGCAGCGCAAAAUACCAAUGUUGCCUCCAUUGCUUUCUAAGGACGUAGGUUCUCUUAACCCUGGUGUUGAUAGGCUCGCAUUUUCUAUCUUCUGGAACUUGAACAGUUCUGGGAAUGUUGUAGAUCGCUGGAUUGGUCGCACUGUGAUACGAUCUUGUUGCAAGCUUUCAUAUGAACACGCUCGGGAGAUUUUUGAUGGGAUGAUUGAUGCAGAAACUCACAACAACUUCAGGGACCUUCCCCAGUUGCACGGUCAUUUUGAAUGGGCAGAUGUAAUUGGAUCUAUUAAGUGUCUUCAUGAAAUUUCAAAGACUUUAAGGGAAAAGAGGUUUGAUGAUGGGGCUCUACAGCUUGAAAGUUGUAAAAUUGUCUUUUCGUUUGAUAAACAUGGAGUUCCAUAUGAUAACACACUUUGUGGGCGAAAAGACUCAAAUUUUCUCGUUGAGGAGUUUAUGCUUUUGGCGAACAGGACCGCUGCUGAAAUCAUAUCUCGAGCUUUUCCAGAUAAUGCAUUGCUGCGGAGGCACCCUGAACCUAAUAUACAGAAACUUAAAGAGUUUGAAGCUUUUUGUUGCAAGCAUGGUUUAGAAUUGGACACUUCUUCUGGUAACUUCCGCCGGUCAUUAGAGCACAUCAAAGAAAAGCUCAAGGAUGACUCUGUGCUACUUAAUAUUCUUAUCAACUAUGCUUCAAGGCCAAUGCAGUUGGCGACCUACUUUUGUAGUGGUGAUUUGAAAGAUAAUAUGAAUGAUUGGGGUCAUUAUGCACUGGCUGUUCCUCUCUACACGCAUUUUACUUCACCACUGCGCCGAUAUCCUGAUAUUGUUGUCCAUCGAACACUGGCUGCAGCAAUAGAAGCUGAACAAUUGUAUAUGAUGAAUAGAAGAAUGUCUCAUAAAGUGAGGCCGGGUGAAGAAGUGACAAGAUGCUUCACUGGUAUUUGUUUUCUUAAAGAUGCUGCAGGAUCCUCAGAAGGCAGGGAAGCAUUAUCAGCUGCAGCAUUAAAGCAUAGAAUUCCCUGCACAAAAUUACUCACAGAUGUUGCAGCUUAUAGCAAUGAGAGAAAGCUGGCUAGCAGGCAUGUCAAGGAUGCCUGUGAUAAGCUCUACAUGUGGGUUUCAGUGAAGAGAAAGGAGGUUUUAUUGUCUGAUGCCAGAGUUUUGGGUCUUGGUCCAAGGUUUAUGUCCAUUUAUAUCCACAAACUAGCUUUUGAAAGACGUAUAUAUUAUGAUGAAGUUGAAGGCCUCACAGUGGAAUGGCUUGAAGCUACAUCGACACUGGUGCUAAGUAUACAUGCCUCCAAAUGCUCUGCCAGGAGAGCAGGCCCUGGGUAUUACAGGGCACUCGAUGAGGUUGCAUGGGUCAUAAAUCCUUGUGAUCAUAACAUGGAACCUGACAUGGAGAGUACCCAGGGAUGUCAUGCAGCCCAGCAUUCUGAUCCCAUUUUGAAAUCUGAAAUUGAUCCUUUUGUUUUCCCUCUCACAGUGCGUCUCCUCUCAACAAUCCCUGUUGCACUUCAUGCCACUGGUGGGGAUGAUGAUGGGCCCCGUAAUAUUGGGGCACGGCUAUUCAUGAGCUCAUAUUUUACAUAGACUCUGUUUCAUGAGCUGGUAUUUGAGUGGCGGAUGAAGUUUUUCAACUCAAUGAAUCCUACAGAAAUGAAGGUGACAGAGCUUUACAAGGGAUCACAAGGGAUCUCUUGUAGAUAAGAACUUUAGUGUAUAGUUUUAGAUUAAAAAAGAAGCAAAAUCCGUGGUUUUUUCAGAAUCACUGAUUUUUAAUGGGUGUUUUUUUCUUCUUCAACCUUUUGAUGUUAAAGCAUCCGGUGGAAGGUGCAGAUGAUAGCGGGUUCCUUGCCGUGGGAGUUCUAGCUAAGGUGGCUGUUUUUAUCAAAAGCUGCUUGAUAGUGGAAUCGACCCUUGUUUUUGGAGUUCAGUUCCAUCCGACAUAAUGUGGUGGCUCAUAUCUGGUGAUUUGGAGCCAAUUUCUUGCUUUACUAGUUAGGUCAAAAAAAAUCGGGAGAACCCAAGCCUGUUUGGAUCCUGCUAAGUUAGAUCUCAAGCAUAUUUGGGUCUUGUCAUAUUUAGGUCUUGUUGCGGCCAAAACAUAAGGUUAUUUUGGGUCCUUUCAAGUCUAGCCUUGAGUUAGCCUUGAGCCGUGCUAUGUAGGAUCCAAGAUUAUUUGAGUCGUGUACAUAGUAGGACAAAAGUUUAUUUAGGAUCAAAGUUUAUUUUUGAAUCUGCAACUAAUAAUUUGUUUGUAAUUUGUAAAUGAAAGUAAAUAUAAAAUUAAGUGUAAUUUGAUAAAA